AUGACGACAUCCAACCGCCGCCUCAUUGGACUCUCGUCCAAAAUGUACUUCUCCCUCGACAAGACGUCGACCUACACAUCCGCCCUCCUGACCGCCCUCUCGUCGCUACCCUCGCCGCCCCCUGUCGACAUCUUCCUCAUCCCCGACUUCGUCACCCUCGUGCCCACCGCGCAGCAGCUCCGAGAGGCCCGCUCGGACGUCUGGCUGGGCGCGCAGGACACCCACUGGGAGGACCACGGCGCGUACACGGGCGAGGUCAGCCCCACGGUGCUGCGGGACGUGGGCGUCAAGAUUGUCGAGGUUGGUCACGCCGAGAGGCGGCGGCUGUUUGGGGAGGACGAUGACAUUACCGCCAAGAAGGCCGCGGCUGUCGCGAGGAACGACAUGGUCCCCCUGGUGUGUAUUGGCGAGGAGACAGAGGGAGAUGUCCGCGUGGCGGUAGACGAGGUGCAGGUGCAGGUCGACGCGGUCAUGGCAGCGGUCGACGCCGCGGCAGACGUUGUGUUGGCGUACGAGCCUGUCUGGGCGAUUGGCGCGAGUCAGCCUGCUGGCGAGGAGCACAUCCUGAGUGUUGUUGCGGGUAUCAGGAACCUAGACAGCGUCAAGAACAGGCCAGGCAGCACGAGGAUUGUGUAUGGAGGCAGUGCUGGCCCUGGACUGUUUGAGAGGCUGAGCUCUGGCGUCGAUGGCCUCUUUCUGGGCAGGUUCGGACACGAUGUGGCCCAGUUUGUGCGGACAGUCAAGGAGGUCAUUGAUGCAUGA